UAGCUGGGGCGGAGAGACACAUCAGCCGCGGAGGGGGAAGUGGAGGUAUCAGUGUGAGGCGGCACAGCUCUAAGCAGAAGACACGCACACCGUGUCCACCCACCAUCAGCCGCGCGCCUCGUGGAAUAACAAACGUUUGUGCCAAGGAAAGCUGCAGGAGACAUCUGAUGGAUGAAAGAAGAGCGCAUUUACAGGAAAGACACUUCAUGGAGCGCGCAGACUUUUUGGGGGUAGACUACCCCUCUCUGUACAUGUGCAAACCCAAAAGGGGACUAAAGCGGGAGGAUGGCGGCAAGGACGCUUAUAAAUUACCACACCGUUUGAUAGAGAAGAAGAGGAGAGACCGAAUCAAUGAAUGUAUUGGUCAGCUGAAGGAUCUGCUGCCGGAGCAUUUAAAGCUGUCGACGCUGGGUCAUUUGGAGAAGGCAGUUGUUCUGGAAUUAACUCUGAAACAUUUAAACGCAUUGACUGCGGUGACGGAGCAGCAGCACCAGAAGAUCAUUGCUCUCCAGAACGGGGACAGGUUGAUGAAGUCUUCCAUUCACACCAAUGCAGAAGCCUUCCAUUCUGGUUUCCAAACAUGUGUCAAAGAAGUCCUGCAAUACCUGAGCCAGUUUGAGAACUGGUCGGCGCAAGAGCAGAGCGGCACCCAGCUCGUCCAGCACCUUCACAAGGUCCUGGCUCGGGUCCAGUCCGGCUCACUUCUCCCCCAGCAGCAGCAGCAGCUCCCCACGGCUGUCUCACCAGAUGGUCUUAAAGCUGACAACCAGGCCAACUGCGUCCCAGUCAUCCAGAGGACCCAAGGUGGGGAUCUGACCGAGAAUGACACAGACACGGACAGUGGCUACGGGGGUGAGGGGGGCAAGGACAAAGAGUGUGAGCACAGCAACACCUUGCAAGCGGCCAAAGGUGUGAAAAUCAAGCAGGAGUUAGGAGACAAUCGCCCUGCCAAGAAGCCAAAGAUGAACUGGUCCGGUAAUGGCUCUGGGGCCGCCGAUGUGGCGUUCAUGAACUCUCUGAUGGGAUUAACCGGAGUGGGACAGCAGACGCCAAUUUGCAUGCCUUUCUACUUCAUCAACCCAUCAGCGGCUGCCUCGUACAUGCCUCUUUUCGAUAAAAGCAACAUGGAAAAGAGCAUGUACCCGGCGGCGGCCCUGGCCUCUCCUUUCCCCUGGCUGUACCCCGCCCAAGCAUCUGCAGCUGCGGCCUUCCCGGGCUUGUCUGCCCACGUGGGCGCUUCGUCUCCGUGCAAGGACCCCCAAAUCGCAGACGACGUCGACCCUCGCGAUGGCGAGAUGAGCUCACCUGAUGAACGUGAGGAGACUCCCACGAGUGAUGAAGGUGACGAUGACGAUGAGAGUGGGAUUCACCGGCCGUGUGACCAGUUGGCCGUCUGUCAAAGCUAACUUUUCCGGGUCGGGUCACCCUGGAGGCCAUGCACUCUCUUAUUCGAUGCGUUUGUUGUGUGAAUGCUGAGCGUCAAGCACCCCUAACUUUAUUAUUAUUAUUAUUAUGAUUAUUAUUGCAGCUUGCGUGCUCUUCCGAUACUGCGUCCAUCUCCCACGUUGCAUAAUCAUGCAUAUUUGGUUAAUCUAACACGGUAUUUUCCAUACAAUAAAACCCCCUGGUGGGACAAGCCUGUAUUAAUAGCGUAAAAUGGAAUAUUGUAUGCUCCCAAAACACUUUAAAAUCAUCCUAAAAAAACAAACCAGACUAAAAACAAGCUGGUCCAGGAGUCAAGAUUUGUAACUUCACCAAUACUUCUUUGAGAGCGCUUACUACUCCAGUGAAUCUGGCUCACUGGAGUAGGCUUUGGUGUUAUCUUGUGGUUUUUGUACAAAGAGCAGCAAAUAGGCAAGUUUUAUUUUUAUUUUUUCUCCCUCCACAGGUAGAUAAGAUUAGAUUCCACAAAAUGCCAAGUUAUGAUCUUGUGAAUGGCAAUUCACCAACAAGCAGGGUUUCACUGGCUUUGUGAAUGUAACAUUGUCUGUCUAUUUGGCUCCUGGGAUCUCUUGCCCAAAGUUAACUGACAUGUCCUCUAGCACACUUGCAACCCUAAUGAAAAUGAUGCAUUAUUAUUAUUAUUAUCUAGCCACUGAAUGUGGCACUCUUUCUGAAUGAAUUUGCAAUUGUUUUUUUCCCCCCAUAUACUGGAACUUUUUUGAUGAGGCAACAAAGAUCAUCACUCUUACUGAUUGACAUGGCUGAACACUCACGGGUUUUUCGUUCUGUAACAAGAUUCCGAUUUUUUAUGUCACAUAUGUUAUGCAAAAUCAAAAAUGCCACAUCAUAUCACAAGCUUUCGUUAACAACAUUUACAGAGUGUGAAGCGAGCUGUACCAAUCAAGUUUACACUAGCUAUGUAAAUUGGAUUUUUACAAUAAUUUGCAAAUAUUAAAAUAUUUGCAAAUGUGCCUGUGGUAAAAAAGCAAAAUGUGUUGAACUACACGCGUGCAGUCAAUGAAUGUGGCCAAGAACUUUGCAAAUAUCCACACUAAUGUCCUAAUUCAGCUCCAACAGCUAGCGUAAUCUGUUUCCUCCUUGACAACAGGCCCAUGUUAUUUGUGGUUAAAAAAAAAAGCCAGAUUAUCUGUGGCACCUCAAAGUAUUUCUCCAAAAAAAAACCCACCCGGGGGCACCGUUGUCCUAUUGCAGGGAGCCAGUUAUGUGCACGAGGGUCAAGCGCACGGUGUGCGGUUGUGUAGCCGACUGUGUUUUUCUUCACGGAUGUCCAGUUCAGUUGCGUUCUGCCGCAUGGCUCUGUGUGCGGCUGGUCUAAAUGUCCAGUCAUAUUGCUCUGAUAUAAUUCCCAAGGAGGUGUGCUUGCACAGAAUGUUGCACUGUGAUACAUUAAGAAGUUAGUUAGUCCUCCGUUACAUCUCUCAGCAUUCACACAAUUUGUGAGGCAAUGGCAAUUUCUGAGGAUGUGGACAAAUGUCAAUGAUAUGGGUCGACGGAGGAGAUUUUUGUGUAUUAUAGCUAGCCACCUUGCCGGAACACUUCUGACAGCGUGUGCCUUUUGCACUUAAGCUAGAUUCAUUCAUCUGAAUGCUCAUCGACGAUGAUUGGCAUAAACGCAGCAAAACUGUUGUGUUGCACUGCAGUUUGUUUUGUAUUCGCUUUGAUAAAGUAUUCUCAAAUGGCAGCAUUGAUGCCACAUUUUGAGUACUACAAGUGCAAAUGCGCAGUUUCCCAAUCAGCGAGUCUCCUUGGAUGUGAGACGUCACAAAGACGUCUGCCAAGGUUUGGAACAUCUCGCUGUGUCUGCUCGGAGUGUAAAUAUUCAAACCCGGAUGAUAGUCAGGUUAAUCGCGAUGUAAAUGUGCACUAGUUGGCCUAGAUGACAAUACCUCACCCCCAUCUUUUUGCACGGGGUACUUGGAGAUAUCACAGUUCUUUUUGAAACACAAGAAUUAUCACACACACGAAAAUCGCCAUCUAAAAUCAAUCAAAAUGAAGAAUCGUUAUAUUUGAUCCAAAAUCAGUCAUGUGUAGGCUCAUCCAAGUCCUUAACUGAGUUUUUGGAGAAGCCUUUCCUCCAGAACAGGCUGCAUAGCCAGCGUAUUGUCGGUCUCCCAAGUGAGGCAUUUCUGUAUUGAAAUGCAGAGGCCCUUAUUUCCAGGAAGCAAUGUAGGAUAGCACCUUAUAAGAUCUUCAGUAUUGAAUGUACCUGUAUUUUCCAAGCUGUUAACCUUUUGUAUGUAGGAAGAGUGUUCCUCUCUGAGAUGUGAAGUGCACUUUUUUUCUGCUUUUACUCACAACCCCACCAACCCAAAAAAGUCGUGCGUUCCAUAAAAAGCCAAUCACUGUAAUUGACCUUUUGUGUUGUUGAUGUAUUGUUGCCUUGAAUCAAACGCGUGAUUUCAAGUCAAACCAGGGUCAGCUGUCACAUUCGCAAUGACUUCAAGCAACGGAGUGAGAAUUCUGUCAUCCGCCCAAUUUAGCAAUUAUCCGUUUGUAAUUGUUUGGAUCGGAAGCAGCUCUCAGAGCUCCCACUGCUUCUGUUAUUACUACAUUAUGUAAAAUGAAAAAAAUGGAAAAAAAAAUCUGCAACAGCUGUGUUCACAUGACUGUCAUUUGAGAUCAAUUCCUGCAACUUCAGUGAUGUUAAGCUUUAAAAAAAAAAUAAUAAUAAUCACAUUUGAUUGACUACCCAUGAUUUACUUUGUAUUUUCCAAACACGAUGUUGCUUUUGUAGUUUUCUUAAGCUGGUAUAGCCUCAAGUUGGUCAUCAACUGUUAUAGAAAGUGGCAUGUAUGUCUGUAAAUACUUUGGUGAAUGUACUAUAACAUGUCUGUCAACGUUGUAGAAAUCGAUGGAUUUUUUUUUUUGGAUGGAAAAAAAAUCCCCAUCAGUUGUUGCACAUUUUGUUGCUUUACACGUUAUGCUGUUAUAAAUUAUUGCUGAUAAAUUGAAAAAUAAACAUGUAAAUGUG